AUGGAGUACCAACUCCCCCCAUCACGAAACCCUAGCAGGAAUGCGGUCCUGCCAUCAGAAUCGGGCCCAGCAAUGGCGGCAGCCACUACAAGACCUUUCGAGGAAAGUCUCCUCCGCGAAUGGGCCAGCAUUAUACGUGAGAAGAAGGCGCUCCUGGAACUGUCACCGAACGGCUUGUUGCAGCUGAUGCCUCUCCUGGGCGAUGAUGCCAUACCAAUCAUCGCGGACGAGAUCAAGUAUCUCAGCGGUCAAUCUCACCACUAUGUACGCCCUACCCGCUACAGGGGUACUCGUAGCUCUCGAUUCGACUACUGUACACUGUCCAAGGAUGUGCUCAGACUCGGCAACAUCCCUGGUGCCAUUGCAGAAGCAGCGAGGCUCGUAUGCUCCCUCUUCGAGUCUCAUCUCUGCAAGACCGAGACGACGCUCUUCAAUCCCAACUACGACAAGAUCAGCUAUGUAUGCUGGAUUUUCGAUAAUUUGCUAGCCGACACGAUCAGGAUCAUGAAGAUCAGCAGCAAGCAAUGGUACGAUGGCUGGAACCCACAGCAGGUGUUGAACACAGUACAGCGACUGCGCACACACAACACACGAAGGGUCAGCAGAAUAGUGAUGAGCGAAAGAGUUAAGCAGCGCAAACCCUGUGGCGUCGGUAUAUCGCUGGAAAACUCUCCGAUUUUUACACGAAGCAUACAGUCACUGCAGCGGCCCUUCAUACGCCACUCUCGAGAGGUGGGAAUCAUACUUGCGACCAAGACAGCUGGCCAUCACCUGCCACCAGAGCUUGUGGAAAUGAUCAGCGAUUACUUCUGGGACAAGGACUUGCUCAAGGCCUUGGAGGCUGACCUUGCUCGCCGCAUCCGCGAAGCAGCGUCAGCCAGCGCUGUUGCGACUCAAGGCACGAAGCAACUCGUAGCAGCUUCGAAAGACAACGUGCAAGCAGGGGAGAAGUUGCCCAUCGAUUUGACCAAGGGCUACAUGAAUUGA